GCCUUUUUGCCCACAGCAGAACAACAUGAGAUCUCAUUUAGAGCCAUCUGCAUGAUAAGACGUGACCCUCAGACAACACGGCAGCUCGGCAGCCACUUCGCUGGGCCCGGUGGUGACAUGGUGGCAGGGGAACUUCAGAGACCGCCAGAAGGCAGAGGUGGAGUGCGACGGAUUUCCCAAACCCCUCCUGCAGACCACAGACGACCGAGGAAGUCCCGCAAAAAGCUCCAAGUCGUCAUCUGUGUUCUGCUUGUAGAGCUGUGUGAAAGAUUUACUUUCUUUGGGAUUAUAUGCAACAUGAUUAUAUUUUGUACUGUGAAGCUGGGCUAUGGCAACUACCUGGCAGCAACGGUCAACCUGUGCUUCAUCGGAGCCAGCACCCUGACGCCUGUCCUGGUUGGCUGGUUCGCAGACACCUGCUUAGGACGGACUAAAGUGCUCUACUUGUGUGCUCUUCUUCAUUUCUUUGGCACAGCCAUGCUGCCCGUGGUUGCAUUUCCAUUUGAGGAUUUCUACAUCGACACUCAUCACAUGACCCACAAGCUGGACCCUCUGGAGCAGCAGAUCUUGUUCUACACGGGCCUCCUGGCUGCUGCGCUGGGCAUCGGUGGCAUCAGGGCCAUCCUCUGUCCCAUGGGUGCCUACAGUCUGCAGAGCUACAACCAGCACCAGCUCCUAUCCUUCUUCAACUGGUUCUACUGGCUGGUGAAUCUGAAUUCCAUGGUUGUGUUUCUGGGCAUUGCUUACAUCCAGCAGUCGGUCGCCCAGAAUUUGGCCUUCCUCAUCCCCUUCACCUCUGUGCUGUUGGCUCUCAUUGCCAUCCACAUGAUGCGCAACAAACUCACCUACAAACCCAAGCAAGGUGGAUCGUUGCUGACCACUCUGGGAGUUUUCCUGAACUCGUUCAAAAUGUGCUGCCUCCACCAUCGUCACCUGAGUGGAGACGCAGUGUCCUGGCUGGACAGGGCCAAAGAGAACAACGGCGGCCGCUGCAGCGAGACUCACGUGGAGAACGUCAAAGUCCUGAUGAAGCUCUUUCCUCUUUAUGGGCUUCAGCUGCUGUACAGAGCUUGCGUCACACAGAUUGCCUCGGGUUACUACAUACAGACCAUGAACUCCAACCUUCACCUGAACGACAUGCUGCUGCCCAUCGGUGCCAUGAACGUGAUCAGCAUCCUGCCUCUGCUGCUCUUAGCUCCUCUCAUGGAGUUUGUGGCAACCUGCCUGCUCUCGGUGGAGAAAACUCCUCUGGCGCCGGCUAAGGUCAUAGCUCUGGGCCACGCCUGCGCCGCUCUGUCCGUCCUGCUGGCAGGUGUGUCAGAGCUGCACAGGAAGGCGUACCCCCAGGUGGAGCAGACCCUAUCGGGGAAGGUUCUGCUCGUGUCGUCCAUGCCGUGCUUCCAUCUGGCGCCUCAGUACGUUCUGCUGGGCGUAGCCGAAGCUCUCGUCACCCCCGCGUGUUCCCUCAUAUCCUUCCAGCUGACCCCGAGCCACAUCAGAGGAAUCUCCCUGCACUUCCUCGCUCUGUCAUACGGAGGGGGCUGUUUUCUUGGAGCCCUCGUCGUCCAGCUGGUGUACUUUUGCUCUGGAGGAAACUUCUACCCAAACUCACUGCACGAUGGAAAUCUGGAGAGAUUCUUCUUCCUGUUGGCCUCACUGAUGGCCAUAAAUACUGUGGCAUUUUGGAAAGUGUCAUACAGGUACCUGGACCUGAGGGUGCGCGGUGAAGCARUGACCAGCAGCUCUCUGACUGAGAAGCUGCUGCAUUACAAGGCCACUCUGCGCUUCUACGACACAGUCGAACACCUGUCCAUCGACUCAGAUUUAUGACUGGCUUCAUCCAGCUCUCUCCUGUUAGCGGCGCCGGCGCUGCACUUUGCUGUGUUUUAAAUUUGACAUACAGGAAGAAAACACGGACAUAAAAAAAAUAACAGAAAAUAAAACUAACAAAAAACAAAAGCAUCCUUUUAUAUCAAGCCUUUUUAUUUUCUUAUAUGUAAACAUUUUAUUGCUGUAAUGCAGGUUUUGACAAAAAGCAUACAAAAGAAAUAUUUCAAUUGAAAAGCGUGAUUACAUGAAGCAAAUUUACUGAGUAAUUCCACCAUGUUUUACACUUUAGAAAUAAUAUCKCAAAAAUAUGUAUUGCAUUCAUGAUGAUUCAAGUCAAGGGACAAAAAAAUGCAUCAAAACCUCGUACUUCUUUUAGAUUCUUCAUUUCAGUUAUGAAAAAAAAAAUAGAAAUUAGCCCUAAAAAUA